AUGGCAGCCCUAGCCAUGAAACGACAGUACGACAAAUCACACCAGCCUCUGGUAUCCCACCCAGGCGACAAGAUCCUGCUACGGCUUCACCAGGGAUACAAUAUUUCUAGAGCACUGUCGCCAAAGUACAGCGACCAACACGCCGGACCAUUCAAGGUUCUGCAGCGUGUUGGACCCCUAGCGUACAAAAUUGACAUACGAAGCACAUGGAAGAUCCACCCCGUCGUAUCUAUCGCUCAUCUCGAGCAAUACCCGCAAGGUGACGACCCAUUCAACCGACCAGCGCCGGACCAACCGGCCCCCAUCCAGGUCGAAGGGCAAGACGAAUACGAAGUGGAACGGAUUGUGGCGAAACAAACGCAUGUCACGGAAUCGGGCAAGACAAAGACUCAAUAA